UCUAUGCAACAUCCAAUGGGAAUCGAUUCCGCAGUUACCGACCCAUACAUUCUCGGAAUCGAUCCAACACGUGGCAGCCCGCGCACGCGGAAGUGGCUCCCGGCUUUGCGUGCGCGGAGCUACAAAAGCUGCUCCCACUCGCGCUCCGCUAAGCCCCGGGAGUCUGGCCAGGCUCGUUCCAGAUUAGCUUCCUCAGUCUACAACAGUCGAACUCCUCUGCGGUCCGACUCGUCGGCAGCCUUAAGAGCCCCGCAAGCCGCCGCCACCUCGACAGUCGGCUACGGCUACGUUUCGGCCAUGAAGGAUCGGCGACAGGUGACGAGCAGCACAGAUGACGUUGGGAAGACGGCAAGCGAGGAGGAUGAGGAGACUGAGGAGGAGACUGAGGAGCCGCUCUUAGGCUCGCCUGGCUUGAAGAGGGCUCGCCAAGAGGUCCUCGUCUGCCAUCACUUCUGGCAUAUGCUAACAAAGCCAGCGGGGGUUUUUGGGAGGAGCACAUGGCUGAUUGAAUUGCACGAGGCCUUGCUGCGGCACCACUGGGUCCGUGCUGCUCAUCUCCUUCUGCCUGCGCUGGGAAGCCUGGAGACAUGGGGGAAAAAUGCCCUGCUACCCGAGAUUUAUUGGAAGGCUGGAGCUGAAGUGAUGAUGAACCAUCCACAGAGAAGUAUGGAGCAGUUCAGCCUCUUUGCAAACAGGAUGAAGUCAUUUUCGAGAGACCUAAAAUUGAAGGUGUGUCUAGAGCAUACCUGGAACCUGCUGUGUCAGGGGCGGGAGCAGGAAGCUCACCGUGAGCUUCUUGCCUUCACUGCAAGGCACAAGGACCUUGCCUCUCCAAGCUGCGUCCUGCUCGUAGACCUCAUCCAAGGCUAUUGUGGCCUACUCCACUACUAUGACUGGCAGCAGCAAAAGGACCGUCUUUCCAGUGGAAAUGACGUGGGCGAUACGCAGACCAACUCGGCUGCCCUAAAGGAGAUGCACCAUAGCUUCCGGAAAUCCUCCUUAAACUUCAUCAGUAUCCUGCAGAAACCCGGGGUGUGGGACAUAUUCACCCCGAAAUAUGUGGAGCUGUUGGAGUUUUACGGAAACGUUGACGAAGCCCACGAACUUCUGGAGAACAUUGCGUAUGACAACAAGUACCCGCCCAACCCCAAUGCACACGUGCACCUCUACAACUUCCUCAAGAAACACGACGCUCCCCAACCGAAGCUGCUCGCUGUGCUCAGGGUCCUGCAUAAAUUGGUGCCAUCUCAUGAGCUGAUGCUGGAAUAUAGCCGAUUGUUGCAUGAAAGUGGGACGGACACGAUGCAGGAGAGAAUUUCUGUGCUGAUGAGCGUCCUGGAUUACUCUCCCUGGCAGAGGGAUGUGCGACCUUGGCAGAGUCUUGCAGAGCUCAUCAGCGCUUGCAUUAAAAAUGGGAAUGAGGCCUGCUUUUUAGAGCCCUGGGAGGUUCGGAUGGACUGGUGGCCAAGGUUCUGCUUCUGUGAGGACCAGGCCAAGGAUGACUUCCACUACAAUCCUCUCCUUGCAUCCAACAAGGCCACUAUAGCCAAAGGGCUGAUGGGGAAGAAAAAUAAAUACGGCGUCCGUGUGCGGGCUCUAAAAAAGAAAAUUCCACCCCGCAAGAAGCAUAAAACCUAAUGUGUGUUUUUGUGUUCGUUUACAAGUAUACCACUUGCCAAUGUAGCUUGUUCGACAUUUUCCACUGUUGUAAAUCAAUAUUUGCCAAGUGAAUGGUGAUGACAGUAUUCUAAGGACUCAUGUUUAUACAGAGAUUUAUAUAGACAUCUCAAUAUCCCAGUAUCUGGGUUAUCUAUUAUUUCCGUACAAGUAACUUUUAACAGAACUUGAGAAUAAACGGACCUCGGUGUGCAUGAGUAGCAUUCUAGAACCUUUCAUGGGAUAUGUAAUUUCCAAGUUUUGUUUGACAUCUCUGGACAAUAUUCUUGGUUCUUUCGGUAAAGUUACAAAGAAGGGAAACAAUAAAAUAAUAAAAAUAUGAAACAAUAAAAUUAUCACGACGUUUCGACUGCAACACAAGCAAUCAUCAUCAGGUGUGAAAACCACAGCAAGAAAAUUUGAAAAAAGUGGCGUUUUUUUCUCUUGACAAGUACAUCUUACAUUUCAUUGUCGCCAGUUUUUAGUGUUGAGUAAAUAUUCAAUGUAAAAAAUCAAUGUUAAGCUGUCGUUCGUGGUUUGCAAUUAAUUGUACCUUCAACUUAAAUUGUAAUAUUGUCAGUCGUGGAAAUGUGCCAGAAUGCUCUGGAACGCCAUGGUGGGAGUGAGUUUUAACACGACUGUUCCGGAAGGAAUCAAGGAUUCAUCUUUUUUCAUAAUUUGACUCGCAUAUAGACUCCUAGUCUAACAGAGAGAUCCACAAACACCCACACAUAUGCACAGACCCACAGACAUGCAUAGAGACCCAUGUGCAGAGUGAAGCUCCGCCUCCUCAGAUCUAGUGGGGGUGGUGAGAAUCAUUUGAACAGUAAUUUCCCAUUUCCAGCGCUGAAUAUUUUUCAAUAGAUUUGCAAGCAUUUUGUUCAAAUUAGUCAUGUAUGUACAUCAAGGCAUUGCAGAAUAAAUCUUUGCUACACUA